CCCACAGUGCUGAGCAAACAGAAGGGCCGGGGCAAUGUCUGACCGCCGCCCCUUGCGCUGCUGAGCACAGGGACCGGCACGGCCCCUCCGACGUCACCUCUCCCUCUUCUGUCCCCCAGACUCGGCGGCGGGUGAGCAGCUGGGGACAGGGAGCGAGGCCCCAGGGGACACCAGAGCAUCCAUCACCAGGGCCAUGGCAGCCCAGCCUGGUGGGGGCCAGAAGCCCUUCCAUGUUGUCUCGCCCAUCCUGGAGAGCCUGCCCCUCUCCAAGGCAGCGGGCACCAAGGUCUUCAUGAAGCUGGAGAACGUCCAGCCCACGGGCUCCUUCAAGAUCCGGGGCAUCGGGCAUCUCUGCCAGGAGGCUGCCAAGAAGGGCUGCCGCCAAUUCGUCUGCUCCUCAGGGGGGAACGCUGGUCUGGCAGCAGCAUAUGCAGCCAAGAAGCUGGGGCUGCCCAUCACCGUGGUGAUCCCCAGCACCAGCGGCCCCAUCCCCAAGCGCAAGCUGGAGGAGCUGGGGGCCACCGUGGAGGUCUAUGGCAAGGUGUUUGAUGAUGCAAACAAGAGAGCCCAGGAGCUGUUGAAGACGGAGGGCUGGGUCAACAUCCACCCCUUUGAUGACCCCUUGGUGUGGCAGGGUCACACCAGCCUGGUCUGGGAGCUGAAGGACUCUCUGGAGACCAAACCAGAUGCCAUCGUGCUGUCGGUGGGUGGUGGGGGGCUGCUGGCUGGUGUCGUGGAGGGCCUGCACCAGGUGGGCUGGCAGGACGUCCCCAUCAUUGCUGCUGAGACCCACGGAGCCCACAGCUUCCACGAGGCACUGAAAGCUGGCCGGCUGGUCACCCUGCCUGAGAUCACCAGUGUGGCCAAGUGCCUGGGAGCCAAGACAGUGGCAGCUCGGGCGCUGGAGUGCUCCCAGGAGUGCCAGAUCAUCUCCCAGGUGGUGGAGGACACAGAGGCUGUGAGGGCUGUGGAGCAGUUCCUGGAUGACGAGAGGAUGCUGGUGCAGCCGGCGUGCGGGGCCGCCCUGGCCACGCUCUACACGGGGCGGCUGCAGCGGCUGCAGCGAGAGGGGAAGCUGCGGACCCCGCUGGGCUCCGUGCUGGUCGUGGUCUGCGGGGGCGGCAACAUCAACACGGCACAUCUGCGAGCCCUGAAGAGCCAGCUGGGGAUGGAGUGACACCCACCCCGAGGCAGGGGACGCGACAGAGCCUGGCUGGCACCCUCUGCUUGCUUUCCCUCCGAAAUAACCAAAAUAAAGCCUGGUGGACGCAGGGCUCGGCUCCUCCCACAGCCUUCUCCAGCACACAGCGUCCACGCAGGGAUGGGGAAAAUGAGGCACGCGGGGCAGACGAACCUGGGGCUCACAUUGCAGGCAGGGAUGGAGCCGGGGUCCUUCCUCUGCUGACAGUAGGAACUGGCGCCCACACAUCCCACUCUUCCGCUGGGACAUGCCAGGUAUCCUCCCCUACACCCCCCCAACCCUCCAUCCCCCUCCUGUCCCUCCCCUGCUCCUCCCCGGGCUGUUUGGGCUGGAACUCCCCACCUCGAUUAGCAAGCGCUCCCUCUCUGACUAAUUGCUUUGCUACCGUCUUUAUGCAUUAUUAUUCUAAUGAUUAUUAAUUAUUACACUCCUCUGCCGUUCCUGCCGUGCUGGCUGCGGUCAGACAAGAACAAGGCGCGUGGCCGCGCUUGUUACGGUGAUUUAUGGGCGGAGAUCCCUGGCCAGGUUUAACACCCGCAGGUUCCAAGGUGCUCCAACACAUGUGGGGGUGUGUGUACUCCACCCUGGACCCCCCAAGAUUCUGGUUUUUUUCUGCUUUUUCUCAUCCCCUCCCUUUCCCCCGCGCUUUCCUGCUCUCUCCCAUUCCCACUCUGUACUCCUGUGUUUGCUUUUAACUCUUUGCUAUGGCACCUCCUGGGAUUUUUGUGUCCUCCCAACAUUUCUCCCCCUUCCUUCCUCCCCUCCCCGGGCAAUGUGGGGUCUUGCUCCCUGUGGGCUCCCUUUUGGAGCAGAGGGGGCCCAGCCCCAGGACCAGCUCUGUCCCCCAGAUCACUGGCAUCCCCCCCCAAAGCCCUUUCCCCUGACCUGGCUGCUGGGCUGCCAGAAACAUCCUCCUUGCCUUUGGCCCCUUGCCCCCCCCAUACCACCCACCAGCCAGACCACCUCCCCCAGGUGCUUCUGGGAGGCCAAACCCCCAUAAAUCAAAACUCUGCUGCUCCAUCGUGAGCAAUAUCUUAUGUAAAAAGGUGUUCCCAGGGAGCACCGAAGGCUGUAGAAUCCUAUUACGAGGCACACUAUUAAUUAUAAGGAGUCAGCCCAGCCUACUCCAGCUAUUUUUUAUCCCAGGUCCAAAACCUGAUUACUUUCCACCUUCUGCAGACCUUCCCCUUUGAAAAAAACCAACAAAACCAACAACAACAGCAACAAAAAAAGCAAAAAG